AGAGUAAAUAUACUCCUUGUUAGUUACAAUCAAUACCGCGGGACUUCUUAUGUGAGACGGACUCUAGUUUCAAGUUUUAUCCACCUGUACAAAUAAGUUUGUACCACUAUAUAUAUUUAUGUAAUAUACCUCUAUCUCUAUAUAUUUGUAGCCUAUGUUUGUAAUCUUUGUAAUUAGUCUUCGUGUCUUUUCCUAGAAGUUAGGUACUGUCGGAUUUGCGCAAUUGAUUUAUUCCGUUCACACAGUUGGCGGUCGCCAUAUUUUGGACAGUAGUAUUUUCUGCUACAAUAUUUUAACGAAGGAAUUGUUUAUUGUGUGGGUGUUUAACAGAUCUCAUAACUAAUAUUGAUGUGUUCGAAAUAAUAGUAUUUUAAAUGUAUUGAUUUGUGGUACCUACCUUUAAAAAAUCGGUUAAUUCCAUUCCACGACGAUAAAAUGGAUCCCCAAAUGUAUAUGCAGCCUCCUCCGCUUAAUACUUUACCACAAGAAUCAAAGCUAGUUGCAUAUCGGAAUCACAAUAACAACACCCCUUCUAGGGCCUUGAGUGAUGCUUUCAGCAGCUUCAGACUUUCACCAGUUCAGGGGACUUCUUCUGUUGCAAGAAAUGUGUUCGUGCCAGAAUAUCCAACAAAUUAUUAUGGACCUGGGACUCUCCUACAGCAAUCAAACCGAUCACCUCCCCCAGUGCUGACAGUUAAUUCUCAGCAGGUUAUUCAGGAAAACGUUGGGGGAACAACAUAUUUCUACCAGACUAAUGAAAGUGUCAACCCAUCUGGUGUUCACUUUUCUUCAAGCACAACUGUUGGUGCCUUGCCGACCUCGGAUAUAGGUGAAUCGGAACGUAUGGGGGCCGCAGCCGGUUACUCUUCUCAAUUCCAGAUCCAACAAGCACUUAAUAUAGGGAGUUUGUCGUCUGAACAAGGUGAAACCGAAUGUUUGGGGGCUUCUACUAGUUUCACACCACAGCUUUUUCAAGUACCUCAAGCACACAAUAUUGGAACAAUGUCCUCUGAACAAGGUGAAAUGGAUCGUUUUGGGAAUAGAGCCGCUUAUGCAUCACAGAAUUUCCAAUUCACAGAAGGUCAAAAGUUCGGAUCUAUGUCAACUGAACAAGGAGGAACAGACCGUCUAGGCGCUACUUCCUCUUUCAUACCACAGCAGUUGUUCCAAGUUCCACAAACACACAAUAUGGCCGGAGGGAUGUCAUCUGAACAAGGGCUAAUCCGUACUGGUCCACCGUAUCCCGCGGGUGUCGAACCAACUGUUUACUACACCUGGAGUGUAUGCAGCACUCCACAAGGUUUGCGACCAAUGUUCUACAUGCCGGAAGCAAUAAGAGCGGAGUUAUUCCAACGGAAUGAAGAAUUAUACAUGCACCCUAACGCCCUCGUAUAUCCAGAUUUACCGGAAAAUAUUGAGAUGUAUUCUGAGCUAAUUCCUCUCGAAACGCUAUCUCCGCAUUUGAUAGCAACAUCGUAUAAAGCAACACACAGGCAGAGUAGCGAGUAUUACGCCAUUAGGCGCUUGCAUUCUUACGCCACAAAGCCAUGCAAACGCUUCGACUUGUGGAAAAAUAUUGAUCAUCCCAAUGUGAUCCGUCUGAAUGAAUACUUCACAACUAAAUCAUUUGGAGAUAACUCUAUGGUGUUGGUCUACGACUACCACCCUGGCUCGGUAACAUUGAUGAACAAAUAUUUGAUUGGCGCAAGUAACGUAAACGAAGCUAGUGGAGCUUACCACGACCCCUUCUCAUCUGAUCCAGAUGCACCACGUCCUUAUUCACAUCAGAAAAAUGCAAUGUUACGUGCGGUGGCGUGCGGAACUUUGCUACCUGAGGCCGUGAUCUGGAGUAUUCUUGUGCAGUUGACAGCCGCUAUAAGAACUGUACACACGGCUGGCUUAGCUUGCAGAACUCUAGACCCAACGAAGGUGGUAAUGACAGGCUAUAGGGUUCGCAUCGCGUGGUGCGGUGUCGCGGACGCUCUACACCCCACUGAUGUCGAUAUUUAUCAGGCCCAGCAGGAUGAUCUAACAGCCUUAGGACACCUGGCGCUCUACCUGGCUUGUCGCACAGUUCACUGUGAGAACCUUGUGACCUCUAUUGAGCUUGUCAAUAGAACCUAUUCGCAAGAUCUGAAACACUUAAUUGUGUACUUACUGUCUCCGCAGCAUCGCUUGGUAACAGACCUGAUGCCAAUGAUUGGAGCAAGAUUUUAUACUCAAAUUGAGGCAUUUGAAAGGCGUGCCGACGUCUUCGAUAACCAAAUGGCAAAGGAAUUGGACAAUGGGCGCCUUCUGAGGAUUUUAUUCAAGUUUGCGUUCAUCAACGAACGUCCCGAGUUUAACAAUGAUCUACAGUGGGCAGAGACUGGCAACAGGUACUUGCUUAAACUGUUCCGCGAUUACAUGUUCCACGCAGUAUCACUCGAUGGUAGACCAUGGAUGGACUAUGCACACAUUGUAUAUUGCCUAAACCAGCUGGAUAGCGGUACCAGCAACAAGGUGGAUAUGUUGUCUCGUGAUGGGAGGAGCAUACUUGUGGUCACAUUUGCGGAGCUGAAGUAUUGCCUAGAGCAAACAUUUGAUGAAUUGAUGAAUGCGGCAGCACCUUUGCUCUAGCGCCAUGUGCCUCCUCUAAGAAGUACACCAUUGAUGCACUUUAUUCCACACGGAAAUCCACCUUACCAAUAUACAAUGGUUAGCUAUAGACCAUACCAAUAAAUGACAUUUUAAUAGUCUACCACGUCCUUGAACUUUGGAGAUGUUGUGUAACUAAAUGUGAAUAUGUGUGGCAAACUGUAUAAUGCUCUCUUGAAUUUCAGUCAAUCUUUAUAACUGAUGCUAAUUAAUUUUUCGAGCAUCGGUUGAUUAAAAUUGGAGAAGGCAAUCGAUUUAUUUACUCAUACUUAUUCUAUGUAGCAUGUAGUGUAGUGAUAGGAUUAUAGAAUUUAUCUUCGAUCUCAAUUUUAAAAGUGGUUGUGAAGUGUUGGCUUCACCGAAAUUGAUAAAAUUAAGCUUGAUAUUUUAUAUUUUAUUUACAUUUGAAUUGUGAGUUGGACAUUUAAUUGUACUGUGUCUAGAAGUAAUAUUUUGCUUAUAAUACCGUUGCUAAUCAAAUUUAGAAACAAUUUCUUCAAAAGAAGUCUUCAGUUAAAUGUCACAGUUACUCUAGUAGGUAAGAUCCUUUUUACUACACCUCCGCGGAAAGUUCGCUUUUUUACCAUGUUCUCCGUAAGGAAAGUGCCCCUCUGAAUUCAUUGUCGCAUGCGUCACUUUUACGAACUUUCCGUUACAGUACAGUGGUUAAAAAUCGUAUACGCAACAACGAGAGGGAAAAAUGCCAUCUCAAACAGCGUGCUCGGCUUCGGCUCGGAUUGCAUUUUGAACUCUGUUUGAGAUGGCCUUUCUAGUUGCGUAUAAUAUAACUAUUAUUAAAGUGAGCGUAAAGUUUGUGCUACCAAACUUUACAUGAAUGAACAAAGCUCAGGAAAAUUAACUAGGGUUUAGGCUAGGGGUAUACCAUUUUCUGGAAAGUAAACAGAUUUGCGGGUAUAAUUUAAGAAUUUGUAAAAGCCUUACGCUUUGAUAAAUUAUGUGAAGACAGCAUGUCACAUUGAAAAUGAUUUUUUUAUUAUAAAUAUUUUAUUAAUCUCAUCAAAGCAUUUGUAAAAAGUCAUAAAAUGUUUACAAAAACUAGUGCGCAAAAGCGUCGAAAAGUAAUUACGUAAGGAUUAAAAAUACGUUAGUAGUGGAUGCUGCGGUGUCGCAGAGACUCGCGAUAUGCAAAUAAAAGUAUCAUGUAAAUUUGCACAUGAAAUUUCACAUUUGUUUAGUUACUAUUGUGUUUUAUUUUCUAUUUUAUAAAAUGAUAAAUAUAUCCAGAAAUGAACCUAAUUUAAAUUAGUCAUAAUAAUUAUUAUAUCUGUACUCUUUUUUGACUGGCGCCAUGGUAGAGUACGUAGUAAAUCUGUAAAUGUUCCUCGAACCGAAAAUGUUUGGGAACCCCUGUCCUUAGAGCAACUGAUAGAAAAUAUCUUGAGUAAGUGAGCAGGUUUUUAACUUUUUAUAUAUAUUUUUGGCUCUAUUAGCCACCUGAACAAGCGCCACAAACAUUCCAAACUAUUAAUUUGAAGAUAUCAUUAUACUAUGUAUGUAACCUUUCUUUGUUAAUCUCAUAUACAUUGGUAUUGUAAGGUAAUGGUGCUCACACCUGCUAUGUAACAUGUUUAUGUGUUAAUAAUCACAAUGUUGUAAAAUGUUUUCAAGUUCGUAAACAUUUCUAAACAAAAAUGUUAGUUAACAAAUUGUAACAAAUUAAACAUUGUUAUCAUAUCUUGAAUCGUGCUCCGCGACUUGCGAUGAUGUCAUGAUGUUAUGUUUCCAAGUGGUAUAAAAUGUUUGUAAACAUUUUCAUUAGUUUAUUAGCACUUAAAACAUUUAACAAUUCUUAAUUUGUCAGCAAUCUUUUGUUUUUGCAAAUGUUUAGAAACAUUUUGUAACAGCAGUGUGUGAGCACCAUUACAUACAAUGAGCAUUUGAACUUAAUCGGCUAUACAAAUAAUCUUUGUAUUAAGUUAUACCCGAGAAUAAUCCAAGAAUAUGCAAAAUGUUAACAAAUAGACAUUUUGCUGAUGAUUGGUUUAUUCGGACGUAUAACGUUUCCCGCGUUUAUUUGUAAGGCUGCCUGACAUUCGGAAAACUUCAGAAUUAUCAUAGUACUGACAGUGUUGUCAGCGGUGUAGUAUUGUCAUUUUGCAUAUUCUUGGUUUAUGCUCAUGUAUAACUUUAUACCAAGGUUAUUUGUAAGGUCGAAUGUGAACACUGUCCCUUACCCAACCACUAUCUUAUGUUAUGGGAUUAUAAAAUAAUUUUAAAUAAAGUAUUUUAGAAAGGACAAUGAACAAUCCUUCAUAUUAAUGCUGAUAAAUUUAAUGCUUUAAGCAGCAUUUUAAACUAGGAAUAAAAUAAUAAUUAAGUCAUAUAAUGUACUCUUAUUGAUUGAGAUUAAUUUAACAUUAAAGAGUUAUGUUAACUCGGCACUUUGCAUUAACAUUAAUUUAGAUGAUAGGAGGAUAUUAUAAUGAUUCAAAUACCAUUUUUCGUAUGAUGACGUCGAUGUCUUAGCUGUAUUUAAGGCUCUGUAGCAAGAAAGUAUAAUUAUGAUAGGUAUAGUGCUUCAUGAAUAACCAAUCAUUCGUGUAUUGCACAUAUACAGAUUAAUAUGCUUUUUUGCUGCACACUUAGAUUAAUAUGUCUAGAUAGACUGUAAGAGUUGUGAACACGUCGAAAUAAAUAGCGGUGAAGUAUUAACCUCUAUAUUCGGAAACUUAUGCACUCAAAAAAAGUGACAUACGUAUCGCGAGUGUAAGACGUUGCUUGUCAUGCACGCCAGAGUAAUAAACCUGGCCUGUUGUCAUCCGUUGCCUAACAGCAAGAGGCUCUGUCUAGACGUAUUAAUUAUCUAACAUUGCAUGUAUCGGAAAUAAGUACCUAAAAAUAAGUUCAUAAUUUUUCUUAAUAAGUAGAACUUAAGUAAGGAUAUAAUAUAAUCAUAUUACUUACUAUUAUUGAUGUAUCUCCAUGUAUUAUGUCUAGAUUUUCUCUUUCACAGCUAGGCUUGUACGGAUUUGCAAAAUGUUAACCGGGGCCGUUUGAGAGUUAUAUAAUAAUCAUUGGUAACUUAGCAUUGAUGUUAGAUACUUGUCUACAUUAUAUCUCAUAGUAUGUGUAGGUAUAUAUAUGUAAUGUGUUAUUACACAUAAACACUUACUUACUACUUUUGUCUACUUACAAACCUGUUUACACCAUUUAAUUAUUUCUGUUAUUGUGUUUUAUCUGAUCCAGGCCACAACUAGAUCUAUGAUAUUAUUUAUUUUUUAAAUUUUAUAUUAAUUUAACUAUUUAUGCAUCUUGUAAUAGGCUUAAAGCUAAACUUUUCUUAUUCGAGUCAUCACUUUGCCGUGAUGUGAUCUGCCAAUUUGUACUCAUUAAUUUAAGUAUAAGCUUUUCCGUCCUGUCGCAUUCAAAUUCAGACUUCCAAAAAGAUGUAUUAAAGAUAUUGGUUAAACAUUGCUGUGUGUUAAGUAACUGAAUAUCUGCAAAUGUUAUGCAACACAAGAUGAGGUCGUUGGAAAUUAAUUACUUUCUACAUAAUGUUUUCCGUUUUUACAUUUAUAUUUCUUAUGCAACGUAUUAAACCACAACAUAUGGUACUAAAAGUAAUACAACGUAAUUAACUGUGCUUUUAACGAAUCAAUUCUGUUCCGCCUAAUUAUUUUCGCGAACAAUCUGAUUAUAGUUAGAAAAGUAAGAAAUAUAUACAUGCUCGCUUUGCCAAAUAAUAUUGGAAUUCCAAUUAAUUAUACGGUGUUUGCGGAAAUUAUUGUAUUCUAAGGUAAUAAGUGUUUAUUUUCUCUCGAAAUAAUAAAUACACUUUUUAAA